AGUUGCAAUUGGAUUUCGACACGAAUAGGCAGCGGAACACGGACAAUUCCUCACUGCUAGCAGUUCCUUUCAGCGCAAAACUUUCACUACAAUUGGAUUGGCGAAUUACCUGUGUUUCGAUUACAAGUUUUGUGAAUAUCUAUCGUGCGCACGGGAUAGUCGAGAUGUUUGUGGUUUCGGGUUCGAGUUUUUAGCGUGUUCUAUUUUUAGUGCGGUGAAAUGAUGGGGAAAGGAUGCCACUGACACGAAAUUGUCGUCUAGUGACAAUUAAUGAUGGGGCUACCCGAAGAGUUUUUUUUUGUGAAUCAGAGAAGUUGAGCGAGGAGUUUGUGUGUUGGUGUAAAUCUCGACGAAUUUAAAGUCGCGAAGUGUUUGUGUGUAUAUAUUUUUAUUCAUCCCUAGCUCCUAUAAUUUCUAAUUGUGGUAAUAGUGAUGUGUGGGAGAAAAGAUAAAGCAGAGCUGCAACAAGGCCAUCUAUGUUGAUAGGAUGGCGCAUAGAGUGUGAUUGUAAAAGUUGCUAAUGAAGUGGGAUUAGGCGCUUGGAAAGAAGGAGAUUAACAACUACAUACAGCUUAGAAAUGCAGGAAGGUGGUAACGUGUUGAAUAGCAGUUCUUAUCCCACGGAUACGCGUAAUGGCAACGAUAUCGAUCUGAAUACGAGUGAAAAGUCUUUCCAAGAUAUAAUCAAUGAAUGUGUCAGAAACAAGCAGAACAGUGCGAAUAUAGGCACUCAGCUCAGUGGUGAUAAAAAUAUACGACCUGCCUCCUUGCCAGUAACAAAAUGUUUCAAUUAUAACGAAGACGGUGGUAGUGGUAAAUUGGACACUGAAUGUGAAUUAAGCUCACAAGAAUUAAAACAGUCGCAAGCUGAUGCGGCAUUCCUUAGUCCGAGCGAAGGUCAAUUCUGGAAGCGCUAUGCUGAGGUUUCAAAAUUCCGAAAAGAUACCAAUAGUAGCGGUGGUGAUUGUUCCGCGAGGAAUCGUCGAAGAUCCGACACAACGUUCAUGUUAGCGAAGCAAAGAUUAUCUUCAUUUAACGUUGAAGGACAAAGAACGCAUGCUGAAACAAUGGACGAUGACUUAGCACCGCUUUUGCCAAGCAAAAGAGAACUAUCUCAGGAAGAUAUAUAUCAAUCACAGACCUCGCUAGUGUCCAGCUCAGAGGGUGGGAUACUAGCGGAAGGCGAGGAAACAUCGAGCGAGUCCCAGGUGUCAGAUAACUCGCGUAGCCCAGCAUGCGUUUUAGGGUUAGUUGAGCGACUGUUGAGAACACACCCGGUAUGGUUUUUGCCGGGGAUACAACGCUCCGGCGCCGUACAUCUGCUGCAAGGAAAAGAGGAAGGGAAUUUCAUCGUACGGGGAUCUAGCCAAUCGAAAACAAUGGCGGUGUCCGUCCGUUUGCCUCCGGACACGGGGCCUUACAUCGAACACUACCUCAUCCAAUCUAACGAAGGCUUGCUGAGCCUGGAGAGCUCUCGGUUUAAGUUCGAUUCCAUACCUUUACUUAUUGCGCAUUACUCCCAGUGUUGUGAUGAACUUCCCGUUCAACUGUGUCUUCCCAAGGCGCUUAGAGAGGCAAAAAACCGGCAGCAGCUUUCAUCGCUGGCACUACUGGGCCAAGAGUUUUGGCGCUACCCAAUGGCAUCGCCCAAACCCAAAACGAUAUUCUCUGCAAACUCUAGUCAUUUAAACACCCCUUCGGAUGCAACUCAAUCUAGCGGUAUAGGACUUACAUUGAACAAUAAGAAUCUGACAAGUUUCAAUACGUUCGGUCAGGAAAGCAACACAAAUUUCAUGGGACCGGGUGAAACACCCACGGAUACAAUUUCCACUUUGAGCAGCUUCACCGUCGGUCACGGUCAUCAACUGCUGAGCCCCGAAUCGAUCGAUAGUGCCGUUGUAAUUUCCCCAAUGGAUGCGAACCAGAAUGGUAUCAUUGGAAAAACCAGCACUUUCAAAUCGAAGCGACCGCUUCCCUCACCAACGGUCGCUUCGUACGAUGUCGAGAAGCAGAUCGAGAUAUUCAAUGCAAACUUGUUUGCGAGCAGUAGCAGCAGUCACGAUUCGAAGCAAAGUCAAGUAAGCGAAACGGUGAAUUCUGGUACACUGGAGCGACAGCUGAAGACUCCCCGGCCCACGCCACCGAAUACACUUAAUAUUAAACCGAUACGGAGCCCUCCUGCCCCACCUGCUCGGCGUUUGAAACCAACAAGUGGUAUUAGCACCCCAAACGAUUCCAGUCAGAUGUUUUCCAAUAAUAUUACUGUUACAACGACGGUAACGUUCAGCGUAGAUAAUCACACCAACGCGCAGAUCAUCGAACUAGUGUCUCCGACGGAGAAUAACAGAAGCUUUGCAACGUUCCAGACCACAUCGAAACGUCUUCCACCGGAUGGAGAGUGCCACAUUCCUUGUUCUUACAUCAAGAACGCGUCGGAAGCGGACGAAAGGGUUUCCGACUCCGAAAACAAUUUUCUAGCGGUACAGUCCCCACUAAGCAAUAAUUAUAACAAUAACAGCAAUGGUCUCUCGUUCCGUAAACAUUCGAGUUCCAGUGUACUGCACACAAGCCGUACCAGUAGGAGGAGCAAGCGAAAGGAAUCGAAACACUAUCAGGUGGGUGAUUGCUUUAAGGAGUCUGAUAUUCUGGAAUCCCCUUCAGUAUACUGCAGAAGUAAUUUAGGUGAUAAAAUUAGUGAUUAUGAGGACAUUUGGACGCAAGAUAACAACGGAAAUACUACUUUGGUAAAAGUCGAUAAAGUUUCCACGUUUAAACCAGCACAGGACAAAACAGCCGAAUUCUUGCCUCCCGGGUGCUCAUCUCAAGAUAACAAUAAGCCGUCGAUCAACGAUCAAUCUGUCAAUGCAACCUUUCAUGAUCUUCCAAAACCGUCGACAGUGUCUUCAUUCAGCACGGAUAACAUUAUCCACUUGAGGCAACACAGAGAUCCCAGCAGUGACCGAAGCACUCCGACCGAGUUGCAUCGCAACGUGUUGAAAACGUUUUCGCCAAUUCCAUCACAGGAAAAACCACUGUCCAAUCCAAUGUUGGAGCCACGGUAUCGGAUGGGUCUUUGUUUUCCGAAUGUGAUCAAUCGAUGCGAUGUGAAUGGCAAUGAUGGCAGAACCGUUACGCCUCCGUUGGGCAGUGCUGCGGUGUCUAGCAAACAGGACAGCCCAUUCUAUGCGGAUCCUGCGGACGUAUUGAAUAGUAUUGUGCGAAGAAGUCCGUUCCACAGAUCUACCAUGCUCGCCAGCAAUCAGAGACAUUCGGAACCUCCGAAGCAACUGCUUUCGGGCAUGGACACUCAGUCCCCGCUAAUGUGGGCCUCGGUGGAGCAGGAUAUUAAACAUAAGAAUCAGCUAGCGGCAUCGCUCGAUGAGCUGAAAACUCCCAGAGGAGGUGGUGGUAAUCAGCACAAGUUUAUGGACAAACUACAGUUUGAGCGCCUGUCGCUUGAGCAAACAGAAAACAACGAUUAUGAUAACGACCUGCGCUGGUUGAACGACCAAGUAUCGAAGUCGGAACCGGUGGGCCAGAAGAAUGUGAAGAUACUGCCCCCGAACCCAGAGCCCGAUAAUCGAACAGUGACUGUUCAUCAAAUAAUUGCCAAGAGAUUGCCACAUCUUGACUUGCCGGAAAUUCCUGGAAUCAACGCGGUCAAUUUCGGCGAGACAAAGGACAACGUGGAAAACGGCGGCACGCUGACCAGAACGCAACGUAAAUCUGCCUAUGAUAAUGUUGAGAAGCAAACGGCAGGGUACGCCUCGUCCAUAGUUAAUAGUGCUCAGUCAGACGAUGGUACUGUUUUUUCCGAACCAUGGGACAGCUCCCAGUGGGAUAGUUAUCUACCACAACAAGAUAAUAAUGCCGAUACAAUGCCAGUAGGUGAAGCCCAUUCGGGUAAAGUGAGCGAGCGAUGCGAAUCACGAAACGAUCUGACGUCUUACAACAGUAUGUCGCUCCGCCGGGAUGUCAGGAUAAAGAGAUCGAACUCUUCGCAAAAAGUUGCGACCAUCCUUCGCUCCCGAAGUUGUCGGGAUCGUGAAAUACUCUGCCACCCUCGCAAUAAGACUGUUUUCAGCGGCCCCGGUGAAACUAUCGGAACGUACGCUCUGUCGUUGGCCGAUGACACGGAAUCAACAUUCUCUCGAAAUAUAUCAAACUUCAUAUCAUGCACCAAAGAAUCGAAAGCCGCUCCGCAGGUUAUGAUGCGAAAUAUGCGACAGUUUAUGAGCGGCAUGAAAAAUUAUCUCGUGAAGCACGGCGAAGGAGAAUUUGCCAACGAGGUGCAGAAAGCUCGCUCCCAGCUCAAAUCGGACGAGUUUCUCAACCUUGACUCGAUUCUGGAGGAGGUAAUGCAUCGGCUAGUGAUUCUGCCCUUGCGUGAGCAUCUGUAUGGGCUAUUUGUGGACUAUUACACACAAUCGGGCGACAUACAGCGGCUGGUGGAGAAGGUGAAGCAAACCUCCGGUCGGGGACCGAUGGUGUUUGGAAUAAAGAUAAAUCUGUACGUGUGGCAACACUGGUUACAGGGUGCUAACAAUAAAGGUCGACAAAGAGAAAAUUUGAACACCGUGACGCCGCCCAACCCAAGUGCUUUGCGGCAAAUUUCCUCGCUGUUCGUGCGCCUACAGGAGACAGAGCUACCACUGGAGAAGCUCGAUAUUCUGCUGACGGCUGUGUCGACCAUUUUCGAAGCAACCAACUGUUGCAACGGGCAACAGUUAAGUGCGGAUGAUUUCCUACCAGUAUUAGUGCUAGUGGUCGCGCACUGCGGUUUCAUUGGGGCUGAAAUCGAGGCCGAGUACAUGUGGGGAUUGAUUCAGCCAUCGUUACUCAGCGGUGAGGCUGGCUACUACCUGACAGCGCUCUGCAGUGCCGUGCAUGUGCUGAAGAACUUCUCCCUGCACGAGCACGAGGGAAUCCCGGGUUCGAUGGAACAAGUGUCAUCGGCAAUACCGGAGUGUUCAUCUGUGCUGAGAGUGAUUAUACCUGACGAAUACAACGGCUCCAUUCAGACGCGUACUUUACCGAUCAGACCUCAUACAACGACGAAAGAGGUGUGCCGAAUUAUUGCUCAUAAAGCUCGGAUCACCAACGCGCAGGAUUAUGGGCUUUUCAAGUUGAUUGAUGGAGAAGAAACUCUUUUACAAGAUAACGAGUGUCCGCAAGAUGUGCGGAUGGCUGCAUGUGGUAAACACUGUAUGAUUGCCUACAAGCGGGUGGACGCGAAAAUUGCCUGGCCUACGGUUAUGCCAACGACCCUGACUGAUAAUCAAUAGCAUUACGGAUAGUCUCAGAAUACAUAUUUUAUUUAUUUGACGUAUAAGUAUGGUUUCGUACAAUGAUUACAAAACAAUAGCUGAAAACUGUGACAAAUAAUAAGGAUAUAUAUAUUUAUGUUAGUAUUGCUCAGACUCCAACAUUGCAGCAUCGAUUCUAUUCCCGCACUUCCCGCUAGCAACGGUUUCGAGUGAUGCUUGCCGAUUAAAUUUCGCGUUGGCGUUGUUGGGGAGAUUUCGUUGUCGCAUUUGUACUCUUCUUCGCCCCGAAACAUUUCAACUAUAUAUAUAUGUAGUGUGGUCCAAGUUAUUCAUAUUAGAAUAAAGCCAAUCAUUUAACUGCGCAGAAGGAGAGAAUGGGAACUAAAGCAAACAUAUACGACUGACUCAUUUUGUGACCACUCUCUAUCUCCGACGAUUUUUGACUGUAUCAAUAUUGUGGAUGAGUUAACAAUCAAUAGUGGGGAAACAUUGACUUAAUUUGAACUCGGAACUAAUCAUGAUUGGAGAUGGUUACAGGUUUUUAAUCCGUUUGCGUUGGAUACAACCUUUACUCAAGUUACGAACAAACGGCAUAACGCAGAACCUAGAAGGGUAACGCCCUGUAACGUAUCGAUUUGGAAACGAAUCUUAACAUGUUAUCGGCUCAAAUCAAGUGUUCACAUUAUAAGAUUUUUCAUUUAUUAUCAAAUGUAGAUAAAAGAAAAGGUAUUGAAUCAUUUGAUGAAACUGCACCAACCUGAUUCAACUGUUUGUUCCGAGCGAACCAUCAUACUCUCACUAAAACUAUCCUGAAGUACUUAUACGAUAAAACAGCGAAAAAGUACAUCCGUGAAAAAAAGCCACUCAUCAUGCGUAUAGUCCAUUAUUUUCGUAGCGGUUUUAAGUUAUUUGUGGUUUUCCUCUCGUAAAAAAAAUCAUUCAUAUAACAAUCACCCUCAGUCAUGAAAUGACUCAAAUUUAGCGAAAUAUGUUGCCAAAAAGAAAAAAAAAGAAUCUACUAAUAAGAGCUAUUUCCUACCUAAGCUACGAUAAUUCUUACUAAGCAAAAAUUGCACCCGACAAUCUUAUCGAAGCAGUAUCGACGUUUUGUGAUCAUUAUAACUAACGUAACUAAACUAAAACUUCCAACCAAGGACCAAGUCAGCAAACGAGUCCCUCUACCCGCGUUAAAUCUGUUUUAAACUUUAUCAUUUAACCACUUCCUAGUCAGAGGCAAGAAAAGAAGAAAAAGAAUAAGAUCGUUUUAUUUGGCUAUAACGUCUCUAUUCGUGUUUUGUUGAGCGCUUGUUAGCUCAUUUUUACCAUUCUAUUUGUUUUAAUAACUUAUAAGUCGAGUGAGAAACUCUACGUGAAAAAAAAGAACUGUGUGCAACUUUCGAAAUCUAAUUUCACCUGAAUCCA